GUCUCAGUGGCUCACCAUUUCUUUUUGCCAGCUCUCAGCUGUUUCUCGGGCCAGCCAUACAAGAAGCGAGUGGGGCGAGCCAUGCCCAGAGGGCUCUGGCGCUGGGGCCGCUGGGAUGCUCAUGAGGCAGUGCCAGCGCCUGAUCAACGCGAUUUCCAGCAUGCAUUGCAUGGGUCUCUGGUCUUGGUGCCCAGUGGGCGAGCAGAAAAGCACGCCUCUCUAGCAGCCUUUCUUGGCGCUCAGGCGUGGAGGCCGCGGCUUCCCUCAUCCUUCGAAGAGGUGGAGUACAUGAAGGUUGACUGCGACACCGGGAAAGUGAAAGGCUUCCUCUAUGGUCCACGUGGUCCUCCUGUGACCGAUCCCAGCAUGCUGCCAUAUGGGCAAUUGCCCGGCUGCUUACCAGGCGAAAAGCCGGAGUGCGAGCCGGACGACGACAAUCCAUUUUGUCAAGAGCCGCCUCCGCCUCCCCCUUCGCCUCCGCCUGCGGAUGGUUCCGCCGGCCCAGUCGCAGGGUUCACAGGAGCUGCUGGAGCAUUUGGUACACCCGAAGAGCCGAACGCUGCCGAACCGGCUGCCGAAGGAGCUGAGGCUGUAGACGCGGAUGCCCCACCAGACCAGCCGGCAGAGCCGCCGGUGCAGCCGCCGGGGCAGCCGCUGGGGCAGCCGGGGCAGCCGCAGGCGCAGCCGCAGGCUCCUGCUGCCCCUCUGCUAAGUGGACCUCCUUUGCCUGCUUUGCCACCCUUGCCACGAAAGAAGUGCAUCCCGGGCGAGGAGAUUCCGACACCCAUGGAGCCUUGUCAGAUCAAGCAAGGCCUUUGCUGCCACAAAUGCAGGAGCAGAGCAGACUGCAAACUGUGCUUGGAAUGGAAGGACCGCAGACUUGAUGAGCCAUGGUCAAAGAGUGCAGUCCUUGAUUGGAAUUGAUAAGUUGGACUCAUGUAUAUACAUGAUAUUCCACAGGUCUCCUAUGCGGGGAGAGGCUUUGCUCACCCCUGAAGUUUCGCUGUCAGGGGUGCUGACUGACUGAGUUGGGUGAAGCCAUGCAAUUCAGCUGCUGAAAUGCAUGGCUUCACCACCAUGCUUCAACAGUUGUUACUCUCUGGCGAUGCAAUGGAUCGUUUCACAACAGUUGUCCCCAGGUUUUCUUUGGUCUGGACGGCCAGGCAAUGGCGACACUCUAGGACUCUAGAUCCGUUUUGAGCUUUGGCAUACUUGGCUGACCAGAAGGGAAGGACUGACUGAAGGCUACUUAUAGCAGCCAAUUCGAUGACCCGGUUGCAGUCCUUGCUGAAGCCCACAGCUCGCUCGGUUGGAGUCGAUCCGGAGCCAGACGCGCCAGGAGGUGCUUGGGCAGAUCCCCGUCGAUAUCGAUCGGAAGGGCUGGGCGCAGAACAUCUGCCCACCACCUUCCAACUCAGAGGAGGCAGACGAUCAGGACCUGGAGGAGGAGUAUCUGGUCUCCGACUGAUGCCAUCCGUUCAAAAGUCCCAGCAGCUUGUGGUGUGAUCGUGUGCUGUUUGCUCGUCACCAGGGACCUUGGAGCACCGAGCCCGGUGCGCUGAGCUUCUGGGUGACCUCACAUAACCUGAAGCUUGAGAUGUGAAGCCCGGGAAGGUGAUGGGAAUCCAGGAGGCAACAGGCAAAGGAUGAAGCUGGAAGUUUGACAAGGCCCCCAAAGCUUUUUGUCUUUCCUGCUGUGUCCUCUUCAUGGUGAAAACCAGUGAAAACUAUCGG